AUGCUGUCUCAACGGAUCUUGGCCCGGCGCCUCCCACAGGUUGCCUCACGAGCAAUUGCUCCCCGUGCAGCCUUCUCUCAGAUGCCAGCUCUCCGUGCCGCUGAACUCGAUGACCCUCUACAGAACAACAACUACCCCAACCCUCCCGCGUUGAAGCGUGCCCACAGAGAUCCCUACGGUGGCUGGUGGGAUGCGCAAGAGAAGCGCAACUUUGGCGAGCCUGUGCACGAGGAUAACGACAUCCUCGGUGUGUUCAGUCCCGAGCAGUACACCCAUGUCACCCCCGGCAAGGGCUUCUUCCACCUCGGAUGCUUUGUCGUCGCCUUCCUCGGUCUCGUCGGCGUUGUCAGCAUGAACUACCCUGACAAGCCCAGUGUCCCUAAGACCUACGUUGAUGGCUUGGAGAAGGAGCUGGGAGGACCCAAUGCUCUGCCGGCUCGCAAGUCCGGUGAGGACAAGUGGUGA